AUGGAACAAGUGGAUCUUCCGAACGCAAAUAAGAUCGCCGCGGGCGCCAACAAGGCGUCUGUUCGCGUGGUCAAUGGGCUCGGCGCGCUAAUGGGCUCUAAGGCGAUGGCCGCCGUGGACUUCGAAAAAGAUAGCAUGGCAGAGAUGUUGGCUCGCGACCAGCGGGAGAAGGAGCACUAUCGCCACCACAAACACAUCUCGGAGCAGCCAUGGACUCUGAACAACUGGCAUCUGCACGUUAACUGGGUGAACAUAGUGCUUGUGGUGGUGGUCCCUAUAAUAGGCCUUUACCUCGCACUCUCAGGGCGCGUGCCGCCACGCUUCGAGGUGCUCGCGCUGGCCAUCGUAUACUACUCCCUCGGCGGGCUGGGGAUCACGGCCGGCUACCAUAGACUCUGGGCGCACCGGUCGUACAGCGCGCGCUGGCCGCUACGUGUGAUGUACGCUCUGUUCGGCGCGUCGUCGGUGGAGGGCUCGAUCAAGUGGUGGGGCCACUCGCACCGCAUACAUCACCGCUACACAGACACGCCGCGCGACCCCUACGAUGCCCGCCGUGGGCUGUGGUACUCGCACAUGGGCUGGAUGCUGCUGCAACCUAACCCGCGCUACCGCGCACGCGCCGACAUCGAGGACCUCAUGAAUGACUGGGUCGUGCGCCUGCAGCACCGCCACUACGUUCUGAUCAUGGCUUUCAUGGCCUUCCUUCUGCCCGCCAUAAUUUGCCACUUCAUCUUCCGCGACUUCUGGGGCGGCCUCGUGUAUGCGGGCAUUCUCCGUGUCUUUGCCAUCCAGCAGGCCACCUUCUGCAUCAACUCUCUGGCACACUACCUGGGCGACCAGCCGUUCGACGACCGCCGCACCCCACGUGACAACUGGAUAACCGCCCUGGUCACCCUGGGCGAGGGCUACCACAACUUCCACCACGAGUUCCCAACAGACUACCGGAACGCCAUCCGCUGGUACCAGUAUGACCCCACCAAGGUGUUCAUCUACUGUGCGUCGCUAGUCGGGCUGGCCUACGACCUGAAGAAGUUCUCGCAGAACGCCAUCCAGCAGGGUCUGAUCCAACAAAAGCAGAAGAAGCUGGACAACGCCCGCUCGCGCCUCAACUGGGGCACGCCGCUCUCCCAGCUGCCCGUGUGGGACCGCUCGGAGUUUGUGCGGGCGUCCCGCGAGAAUUCCGGCCUUGUCGUCAUCUCCGGGAUCGUCCACGACGUCAGCGGCUACAUCACCGAGCACCCGGGCGGCGAGACCCUGAUCCAGGCCGCGCUCGGCAAGGACGCCACCCGCGCGUUCAACGGCGGUGUCUACAUGCACUCCAACGCGGCCCACAACAUCCUGGCCACCAUGCGCGUGGCGGUCGUCAAGGAGGGCCAGGAUGCAGCCACUCGCUUUGCUGCGCGCCGGGGCGAGGCACUCGAGAAAAAGACGGCGUAG